CAAAUAUUGGAAGUGCGGCUUUCAAAAAUCGUUUUUCAAUAGCCCAGCUGAUUUUCGUCGAAUGGGGUUAAAUGUGGAUAAAGUCUGUAUAUACCAAACACAUAAAAAGCAAACAUAAGUCGCAAAGAGCGCAGAUGUUUUGCAAACUUCUCUGCACACCUAGUUGACUCACUCACGCACACGCACUUCGCUCUAAUCUGGGUAUGCUUGAUUCAUUUUUAUUUUCUCUCUCUCUCUUCGAAGACAAAACUUUUGAUGCACAUUGUUCCAAAGUUCGACGAUAGUAAUGCACUUUGCUCAGCAGACGUAUUGUCUAUCAGGUAAAGUUUGUGGAAACUAACCCCGCAGCAGUUGGAUCGCUUUCAGUCAGCUAUGGCUUCGUGUCAGGAUGGUUGUGAUUUAAAACCAAACCAAGAAACGGUUGUCGACAAUGAGUCAACGUGUGGCCAGAACGAUUUUCAUCAGCUGCCGUCCGUGACGGUGCGUGAUGCAAGGACUUUAUCGAUCAGUAGUGCCACCAGCAAAACCAGCGACUGCAGAUAUAGUUCCAGUGAAAGCUAUAGCCCAUUCAGCAGUCCUGAGAGCUCUCCUAACUCAUCGUUGAGUUCUUCAUCAUCAUCAUCAUCAUCAAGCGACAUGAUGGAGCUUGGUAGGAGAGGAUCUCACCGGUCUUCACCAACCAACAUGAGUGAUAAGGGAAGAUCAGAAGUGCAUUUGGAAUUGGAUGCCUUGGAAUCGGGAGUGAGCCAAAUGAGGGAUAAGUUUGAGGAUUUGAGCAGCAAUAAUAACAAUCUGCAUUUCAGCUCACCUACCAAAGAUAAAUUACGGUACAACCGCCGUAGUCUGGUGAGAUCGAGCAGCAGCGCUUGCAGUAGCAUCUCAGAAAACAUGGAAGAUGAGUGCUCAUCGGAAGAAUCUGACGCUGACAGGAACUCUUCCUCCUCGUCUUCCUCCUCAUCACCUCGAAACAAACCGCCUCUUCAGAGGAGUAAUGCCAUUCGCGGGGAUGAUAACAUCCAGCCAUCUCCUCGGAGCCUCAGUCCCAUUAGCCCCGUCGAGGAACUGGAAACCUACUCGGGGAUCAAGACGGUUGUAAGACGACCAAAGAAAUCUCAAAAUGGGGGAAGUAGCCCCAGCUGGAGAUGGAGCGUAAUGGGCGUGGGUACUGGGGACUAUGAUGCGGUUACCAAGGCAUCCUAUAAAGGGCGUCACCCGCCUCCAGUUUCGACGUCGACUCCCACUGGUAGUAGUAACCAUGGUAAUGGACACGCCCCAGUGUUAAGAAGGAGUUCGGUGGGGUUGUCAUCAACGUCAACGUUGGUAUCACCGAGGUCGAAUAAGUUAUCAACGGAGUUCAGAAGAUUAUCACUGCAGAUGGAUAUGCCAUGGAGAGGUAGGUAUCAGAGAUAACAUGUCACCCUUUAUCAUGUUUUUCGUAUA